GUCGCAGCCCGUUUUCCUGGGUGGGGCUUGGGCAGGAUGCUGUCAGGAGAGGGAGGAUGGACUACGCCGGAUUGAGCUCCCCUGCUCCAUCUCGGGACUGACCUCCAAGAGUCUGACCUUCACAGGUGCUGUAUCAUGUCCAGAUAGGACACCGCCAGUGUGAGAAUCCUCCCAAGACAACCACUCCGAGGGGCUGAGCUGUCCCUCUCAGGUGGCUCCUCUGCUUCUCCGGCGGCUGGGCAAAGGAGGAGAACUGGGAUUGCCCCGUAUCCAGUUGCUACCCACAGCACUUAUAGGGAUGGAUUCCAAAGGCAACGUCCGAAGCGGAAACAAACCUGACGCCAAGGCCCCCAGCUCCGCAAAGCCAGAAAAGCCCAACCCUGGGCCUGCCACGAAUGCAGACAAGAAGGAGAUCCCCAAAGAGCAGCCCGCUCCCGCCACUGCCGCCAAGAAGGCAGGCGGCGAUGCUGCCGUCGUGAACAACCACAGCAACCUGAAACCCAGCCCCGCCGCCACCGAGACACAAGAGGCCACCGGCCAGUCCCCUGACUCUGACCACAAGGGAAACAGCUCCGAGGAGUCGCCAGGCAGCAUCUUCGACAACAUGAAGCCCUUGAUCAUCGUGGGAGGAGUGGCGGUGGCUGCGCUCGCUGUGAUUGUGGGAGUGGCGUUCCUAGCCCGGAAAAAAUGAAGACCGAGACGGGGUGGGGAUGAGAAACCCAGCCCAGCUGUACAGCUCCUUUUGAGACAAAUGCAUGCAGAAAAAUUCUAUACAUAUCUAUAUAUAUAUAUAGAGCGAGCUAGAUAGGUCAACAACAAACACCAACUGCAACUCCAAGAGUCUUGUUCAAGACAACUGUGCCAGUUUGACCCAGUGUGGGUAACUCCAUGCACUCCGUGUGUUCUUUCAUGUAAUAUAUCUUGGCUUAUACCACUGUGUAUAGAUUACAGCUUCUCCUGAUCGGUGUAAAUGACGGUGUCCCCUCCCCUCCCCCGCCGUCCUCCCUGGGAGACACCCCCACCUCUCCUGCAGUCCCCUGUUUUCAAGUCCAAAGUGUUCUAUGUCCCAUCCAGAGUCCCCACUUUGUGUUUUGGUUUCUGUUUGGUUUGGUUUUAAGUUGGGUUGUGGUAAAGAAGACGUAAGGGGAGACGGAGCCUCGUGCCAAGACCCAGUUUUUCUGUCACCCUGUGUUGGGCUGGUGUUUAUCCAGCACCCCUGGGGCAGGGGAACCACUGGGCGAACGCAGGCAAAAGGCAGCUCCUUGACCCCAACAGCAAAGUGUGAUCUCUAUUAGGUGUCUUGUGUACCUGCUGCUCACCAACCUACUCUUAAAAGACCCAACUCAAAAGCGCCCCAGGAGAAAACAGGCUGGCUGCAGCUGGAGGCUGAGACCGCAGCAUGGUAGAGCUGAGUAUGUGACUUGGGACAUCAAACCGAGUCGUUUCUCAGGCUGAGCUGCCAGCGGGGCGAGAGCAGAGGGGCCGUACUGUGACCGACGGCGCAGCCAGCGGCACGUGGAGAUCCCUGGCAAAGUCCCACGCCGACUUCAGGCAGACAGCAGCUGCCAUCUGCUUGGUUUCUUGCACGUUGGCAGGCAGCCUCCAGGAUCCCACGGCUCGCCAAGGUCAUACGGGCAGCAUUUGGGAAUAGAGAAGCUUUGUUUUGGAUCUAGUAUUUCCUAGAGUUAGGCUGGGCUCUGUGGGAUGCUGUGGUCUCAGCCCAAACACCCUCGAGGUCAGCUGGACUCUUUCCGUUCAUUUCUUCGGGCUUUGGAUCAGGCCUUUCACCUGCUUUUUUUUUUUCCCCCGAAGGCUAUGGUCUCUCGCUACAGGAGAAGGUAGAAAAAGUGGAGGCAUGAGCUGGCUUUAGGGGCAGAAAGGACCUGGGAUCCCGUGAGAAUAAGACUGACCUGCUUUAUACCAGGGAAGCCCCGUUUAAGGGCACUGGAAGUCUGUCUGUCUUGGGGGGAUUUCCUGCCUCCCUCCGAUGAGGGAUUUGUGACUCCUCCAAGCUUUGGACAUGGGAAAAAAAUCCCAGCCUUUGGGAACGGCCUGGUUUCAUCAGUGAGAACUUUGGCUCUAAGGCCAGGCCUUGUGAAGGGGAGAAGGAAGGCAGGCGAAGAGGGGGGGUGUUCAGUGCGUUGGCCGGUGCCCUUCCCCUAACACCAAGAAGUGGGCAGAUCUUAUUCUAAAAGUUUCCGUGGGACUACUCUUGGCUGCUACGCUACUGCAAAAAGGGUAUUGCAAAAAAAGAAUUUACUUUUUUUUUUUUUUUUGUUUUUUAAAAUUUGGUCAGAGAUGAGAGAAUCACAGAGUCUCCAGAGCUCGGCAGCAGCGGCGGGCGAUGGGCAGGGUUUUGGAGAGAGGAUUAGCAAGAGGCUGUGACAACGUGGAGUGAGUUCAGUUAAAGAGCCUUAGUCACACCUCUUUAACUGGGCCUGGACGUAUAAAUUCCGCAGGUACAGGGCCAGAGAAAGGCGUACGUUCCUCAGGUACUGCUUUUGCAGUGCCUGCUUCUGGCAGGAUUGCUGGAUAGGAUGGUGGGCGUGUGUAACCUGAUCCGGCAAUUCUUCUCUUGGCUCACGUCUGUUUUAUUUACCUCCAGAUUUGGUCUGCUGAAUGCACGUGGCUUCCCCAAACAAAAGGUCUUUUGACGCAGCCUGGCCGUUCCUCUGGUGAGAUUUGUCACCCUCUUUUCCCCAAGGCUCGUAAAAAUACACCCCGAGGUGCACGGCCUCUGGGGCUAUCAGAUGCUGUCUUCUGAUGAACAACAGGCUGCGUGCAGCUGAAGUUUAAUGUCUACCUCUACCUUUACCAGUACAGAGAGAGGGGGUGGGCCUGUUGGGUGCACAGCGGUUUUUGGAACGAGCGCUGCAGCCCCAGGUGGAAUCCUGGUGGUUUAAAGCGCUCUUUGCAUGUGUUGUGGAUGUGUCUCCUAGUAUGUCACAGCCUGGAGAAUUUUUUGGAUUUGAAGCAAAAGGAUCCGUGGCGGGGGUGUUUCUGUAAUGCCACUUUCAUCUAAGGAACUGAUUUCCCCUCAUCCUGUUUUGCAGGUGUUCAGAGGUUAUUUUGGGGGGGGGAAGAAGGGGGGGCAAACAAUAGCAAAGGGUGUGUGAGAGGCACUUGGAAAGCAGAGAUGCGGGAGAGAAUACAGCUCGGCAGCAGCCCCAGCACGGCUCCCUUGCAGCGACUGCGGCGGGGCUUUGCAAAGGACACGGUGAGGCUGCUGCACCCACACUGAGAGUCGGGGAGGGCUGCAGAGCCCCCAGCCCCCGACGGGCGCAUCCUCUUGCUGUAUUGGGGAGAGACCCCGUUGCACCCAGCUCCCCCUGCUCCUGCUUGCACCCUGAACCGUGCAUUCCGGUUCCUCACACGGGAAAUCUGGGUGCAUAAGCCAAGAAGACUGCGGUGCAGUCCUGCCAGGAACCUGAUCUCCACGACUGGGAGGCGCGUGCCCGCUGGGUACGGAGCAAGGUAUCCAAGCCGCCGGGGGCUGGAUGUGGGGAUGGCUAUUUCUGGGCUCCCCUUCCCUCAGAUCUCUGGAGCACAAAGCUCCUGGCUGUAGGGAAAUUUUGCUUACGUUGCCAUGAGGAAGGGAAAUCGGCCGCCCCUGCUCCGAUUCAUGUUUUAUCGAAGUAGGGUGGUGAUUUUCAGACAGCGACUUCUGUUCUCAAGAGGGAGACCUGUCUUCAGGAGAUGCUUCUGCCUGUCCUGUCUGUUCCCUCCCUCUCAGCCCUGGCACAUGGUUCUUUCUUUUAGCAGUGUGACAACAUUCUAGAUGUAGCAUCUAUCUGUUCUGUCCUGACCAGAGUAGAUAGAUACAGGAGGAGGAAAAAGAAAUGCCUGCGUCAUUUGAGUCUCCUAUUUUACUUUCUAAAGUGUUUUUUUUUUAGUUCUUUGACUUAACCUUUGGCAACAGAAGAGAGGAAAAACAGUUCUCAGCCAACAUGGGCCUUAACCAUUUCUGUCUGCCCUGGACCCCCCCUGCCCUUAGAGCACUCAGACGCAAUUCCAUCCAGAAACACACCACGGAGAUGGUGAUGGGACUGCAGCUCCUCAGGCGGGGAUGUAACCACGGCGAACCCUCCCCAGGCAGUGCCCAUGGCACGUCCUGUUCGUAAGGGAUUUUCUGCUUUCUGUGAUCGGUUAACCUUGCUGUCUGCUGUCCAGAUUCACCACCCGGAACCCACCUCCUUGGCAGUUUGGCUUGGAAAACACCUCUGUGUGUGUGUGUAUGUGUAUAUACACCACCUUGCCUUGAAGAAUAUUCCGCAUAUGUAUGUAUACAUACACAUAUGUUUAUAUUACUGCAGUCUGGAGGCGGGGAGGGGGUAAAACAAAUCAACCUGGAGACGACCCUUCAUUUGUUUCCCUGCAUUCACACAAAGUGUCCGUGAUGUCUUUGUCGUGCCAUUCGCAUCGUGCCAUGCAGCACCUCAAUUCCUUUUCGGUCCUGGUUUCUUCUCAGUGCAAAGAAUGUAUGGCUAGUGAACUGCUGAAUGUACGAUGUGCCCCUUGUGCUAGAAGCUCAAAAUUACUGUUCCCCUCCCUGGAUAGUCGUGUGGGCUACUCGCUUUAAAAUAAGGCACUUUUAGACUCUACUGGACUGUGUUGUAGCGCUUUUCAAAGUGUGGCUCUAGUGUUGAUUGGAGUCAGGUAGGUCAAGCGUAGAUGCCAUCCAAGCUCCUAAGCACGCAGCUGGGGCGACGCACUUCAGGCCUGACUUGCAAAUGACAUCCCUUUAGCAAACACCUCCUGUUCUGCCUUAACGUGCCAGGCUGUGCGGUGGUUUCAUUUUGAGAAAAAAAAAAAAAAAAAAAAAUAACGUCCAGCAAGAACUAGGCUGAGAAGAGCAAAUUCACCUCUCUCAGAAUCGAAGCGAGACUGAAACCAAAUUUGUCGAAGCAGAAGGCCUAAAUGACUGAACUCGCUGUGCUAAAUAAAUAGUUGUCUUUUCUCGUACUGAGCACAUGCCGUUAUUUGCUUGAUGUUAUUCUUUGUGUGGUGUUUGUGAUACGAAGUCCUUCUAGUGGUAUCUCCGUGGGGAGAAUGAACUAACGCUUAAAACUGAUCAGAUUCUGUGCUUGGGAUUUGAAGAGAUCUAGAUUGCUAGUUUACUCUUUUGAUAAAUCUAUAAAUUAUAAAUUUGCAAAACUGACUUUGGAUAUUGUAACAUCACUAAAAUUAUAGAUUCAAUUACUACACCUGAUCUCAAUCUAUUUUUAAGGAGCCAUAAGUUUUAGUCAAAUAUAAAGAUGUCAUUACGCUCUCUUGGACAACUUAGUAGAAGGUUUUUGAUGCUUCUAGGUUUAAGAAAGAUGAAAUGGAUUACACUUCUGCUUCCUCUUUCUACUAAUUUAAUACGCUGUGGAUAAGUCCCAUUAUUCCUAACAGUAGGAGGCAAAAAAAUCUGGAAGCCAAAGGAUAACGCAGCAGCAUCUCAGGAGGGUAAGAAUGCAUUCUUGCAGGUGCUGUUCACCUCUCGCGCUCACACUUGAAGCGCUGAACAGUUGCUUGCCCUGAAGCCUUUCUUACUUCCCUUAGGUCAAGCGAUAAAUUAAAAAUGGAUUUAUGUCUCUGCCGAAUCGAAAUUCCGGGGCUGAUCCAUAGGCUACUGAAAACAAGGGGAAUUUUUCCAUUGGCUUCACCAUGCUCUGCUCAGGCCUUUGAGAUCUUACUGGCACCAGGGAUAUGAUUGCAGGUCAUCAUCAAAUGUAAAAUCAGCUCAAUGGCAUGUGGCUUUUUAAAAAAAAAAAAAACUGACAAAAACAUUCCUUAUCCCUUCUGCUGAAUGUGAGAAAAGUCUUCUCUGGUAUUAACUGAGGCAGCCAAACUCAUGGCCACACUUAUACCUACCUUAGUGUUUGUGUAUGAACAACAACGGUGUAGCUAAAAUAAACCUGGAGUUGGUGAGAGAUGGUUUCUGCCUUAAAAAUUUCCCUUCCUUUCCUGGAAAUGCCCCUGGGGUUUAGAAAUCCAUCUAGCUAUUCUUAGAAUCAGUUGAAAAUAAGUCCUGAAGAUUUGAGAGAAAAAUUAUUCUUCAAGAAACAAAGCAAAAAAGAAAAGCGAUGGAAAAAAAUGUAUUUGAAAGGUGAAAUUCUUGGAAUUUCAAUCAGCUCUACAGAAAGCUUAAAGUCACUGCUGCUGAGAGGGUACAAGGAACGGUGCAGAGGAGCACAGAGGAAAAAAGCCCAAUUUCAUCAUCUUAACAGUUUCGGUAAGGACACAUUAACUUUUAUACCCCAUCCACUUCUUUUUUCCCUUGGGCAAAAGGAAAAAUGACCAACUGAUGCCAUGCAAAUUAACCUUCACUAAUUGACUUUUCCAAACGAAUUUUUGCCAGCUCUGUGCAACGUUAAAGGGUUAGUGAAGCAAGAAAAAGACUUGAAGUUUUCUACAAUCAACUUUGUGUGAUUAAGGGAAAUGGCAAGUUUAUGAUCUGGGCAUUUUGAAAGGCUGUGUUCUCUGUUCACAUGCUUUGCUAUGGAAAGGACUCAAAUUCACCUACUCGCAUUUCGAUCCUCCCGGUCUGCGCCACCAUGCUAGAGCGGGGAUGCUGGUUCCCUUCCCAAGCCACGUAGCAUCCUACCAUGGUCUCAUUCCCUUCAUCGCGGAGCCGGGAGGAGAAAUCUCCCAAGCCAGGAAGAGCCGCCUUCUGUAGGGGCAGGCAACCGUAUCACAUAGUCUUUUUCAUAAACCGACCGCCGUUCUGCUUUACAGGUUGGGCACCUCCCUUCAGGAACAGAAUUGGCUUUGACCUGGAUAAUAAAAAUUGUGUACUGAAGUUAGUUAAACUCUCAGCGCAGGAGGCUCUAAUCGGCAUAUUUCCUGUUAUUUACCCCAGAGGUAUUUGCUCCUUUACUCUUUCAGGGAGAAACCCGCUGAUGCUGAAGAUCUGACCUGGGCUGUCUGCACGUUUUAGGUCUUAUGAGUGGCACCCGAUUGGUAACAACUCCACCGCAGAAAGCGAUGAAGCCUGUGCAGCAAUCUUCUGGGCCAGGGGAUGUGGUACCACCCACGCACUUCAAGAUUUAUGCUCCGUGAAGAAGCCAGGAGACAGCGAUGGGAGCGGUGUCUGCCUAGUACCGGGGAUUACAUAUCGCUGCUCUGCUUUCAGCCCAUCAUCGGUCCCUAAACACUUCUGCAGUGACUGGUUUUAGCCUGUCGUUCGUCUUAAAACCUCUCCUGUCCUCAUUGAAUUGAAAACUAGCUCUCUCCUGAAGUUUAUCUAUUUGAAGUUAUUUUAAUCAUCAAUGGUAAAUUAUUUUUUAAGUGGCUUUAAGGGCAAAGAGCAAAGAUAAGAUAUCUCUGCUGUCAUGGUGAAUACAUGGCAAAAAAGAGAAGGUACUUAAUUUAGGUUCAUCAAACUGAAGGUAGCUAUACAGAAAGUUGGUCUCCGUGAGGUAGAUUAUCUCAAAUUGAGCAGCCCGGAUGAUGAUGCAAGGUGCCACCGAGGGACCUGCAACGUAACUGAGACACUGGCUUGGAACAUGCCCCAUGUGCCGUUCAGCUGGGCUCAGCUGGGUCUGUCCAACACCAUUUUUCUAUGUCUCUUACUGCAUCUCGCUGUGGUUACCUCAGAUCACAUCACCUUGAUUGACUGGCCCUGGGGAAUUUAAUCUGUUGAGCAAAGGGGUUUUUUUUAUAAUGACUUUUUCCUCUUCUCUUUUAGAUCAUCGGUCCACCCCUGCGACCUGCUUUCCUUUUUAAUACCCAAAUUCUUAGGCUGUCAGCUUAUGCCAGAUCUUCAACUGCUACAAGCUAUGUGGCUCCAUUGGUUUCUGGAGAUCUGAUUCAUUGCUUGUUUGUUCUGUUAGUCAUUCUUUGGCUACUGCACCCUAUGCCUUUUCCUUUCCCUGCUUUCUUCCCAGGCAGCUCUGCAGAUGUGGCCUCUCCACAGCUAGGCAGAAACCCUGCCCCAAGGCUGAGGCAGAUUUUGGGUAGUCCCAACGAAAAGAUAGAGGCAACGUUGAGCCACUGAGCACCUAAGGGGAAUGCAGAGACUGUGUGGCACGGCAGGGAAUGUACGAUGUUUUCACCUGCCCUCAUCGCCAAGGCUUGAGGGUCUGAGUCUGCAAGAUGCUAUGUGCUCUUUCCUGGUGAGAAGGUCCCGUUCUUGUCCUUGCUCUUCCAUGUCAGUAAGCCACUGCGUGGCCACAAGCCCUGCUGAGGAUUGAAGCCCGCCUGCCAGUCAGGUGUGAGCUACUCUGGCUGCUCAGGAGCUGCUGCCACAGCACGAGCACACACCACACUUGGCUGAAGCUGGUGCUUCCCCAGCCCUCCAGUUACUGGAGCACCACAAACACAGGCGGAGAAGAGAGGGACUCAAGAGCUGGCUCUCAGCUGAAGUCGAUGGUCUGCAUUUCUGCUGGCCUUCAGGAGUCGACUCAUGUGCAGGGGCAUGCUGCGUCUCUCUCAUCUCCCAUCAGCUGCAGGAUCGAGGACACAAAGAAGCCUGCAAAGAUUUUUUGCUAUUUGAACGGGCUGCUCAGAUGUUACCGUUUGAUACAGCGAUGCAAGACUGCAGGGCCUUGAAAAUUCCCAUCUCAUUCCACUAAUCGUGCUAAUUAGCUGAUGCCCAAAGCCUGCAAGUGGUGUGACAAGUCACAGCCAUGGGCUUUGCAAAUGCGUGGGUUUGGCUCCACGCUGGACUAACGUGUUACUCUUCCUCCUGUUUCUCUUUCGGUUGACCAUUCCAGUCUUUUUCCAUGUCUCCUGAUGCAGAGUCCCAGCACAGCCCACCAAAAAUAAAUUCACAGGUUCUUUCUGUCUGUGCAUGACGAUGCUACAGAACCAAAACCCCCAGAAGGAAGAGAGGAAGCUUUAAUCACCUUUGCAACAGUAAAGACCUGCAUUGUAUCCCUGGUUUUGCCAGAGCAGCUUCAAGCAGUCAAAUUUCUGGGGCAAUUUGACAAGAACAGGGUGCCAUACAAUUUUGUCAUGUUAAAAACCAACCAACCAACAAGCGAAUAAUUUGGCUUUACUAAGUUUUGAGCAGCCCUUCUUCAACCUGGUGCCUUUUCCCGAGUCACUGGUUAGGACCCUUUCAAUCGAAAUCUUCAAAAGGUGCAAUCUCAACUCUCCAGCGAAAACCAACUCUCUUCUAGUGGUAGGUGCAGGUUGUUUACAAACUUGUGGAGAAACUAAAAUUGUAGAAAGGGAACUCGAAGGUCAGAUUACAGGGGAUAUUUUUUCUUUUUUUCUUUCGGUUUGCUUGGAUUCUGUUACUUUUCCAGGGACUGAUCCAAAGCCCUCGGAAGUCAGAUGGGAAAUGCCUGCUGCUACCUCGGAGGCCCCAGGCAUCUUUCCAAGGAGGUCGGUGGGUUUUGAGUCAGCCCCUGAACGUGUUUUCCAAGUAAUGGUAAUUUUCAGAGCGACACCUUGAUUUCUUCCCUGUACAAACAGACCUGCUUGUCACUUACACACAUUUACCUGUGUUCAACAUACAGGUUUGGUUUGUGUUUGGUUUUUUUUUUUUUUGCUUUCAGAAACAAUAUGCUGCUGGACACAUUUCCUGGAGGGAAAUGGACACCUACCUACACACAAAGCUAUACAGCUAAUUUAUACCUUGUUGAAUUUAUAAUCUUGUCUAUGCUUCUAUGGACACUUUGUAUGGGCUGCAGCUCAAAUCCUAAAAUAGUCAAGAAUUUUUCCUUUCCCAUAUAGUAUUCUAUUUACUUUGACUUAAAAAAAAAAGCGUAUAAAUGCAAUAAUGCAGGUAGACUAGAAAUACUAGAUUGAAAAUUAAAGUAGUUUAGCUUGUCCCAUUGUGACUGACAGUGUUGUACGACACCCAACGCUGUACCCUAACAUUUUCCAGGCUUUCUACGUAGCUGAAUCUAGUAUUAGCUUUGAAAACCCAUUGUAUGAGUGGUGGGUGGAUGGGUUGGAAACGUGUGCUCUCUACACACUGUAUGUUACUCACAUCAGAAGCUGUAUGGCCACUCCAUAUGCUGUGAAACUGUAAAUGAUUCCCAAUACACCUGUAACUCUUACCAGGAUUGUGAGAAAUAAACUAUAUAUAGAGAUAUA